UUCUUUUUUUUCCCCCUGACCGCGUUCGCGAUGUUUUGAAGGGUCCAUCCUUUUUCCUAUUCAAUCUUCUGGAAGGAGUUGCCUCAGAUACAUUCUUCUUCUGCUUACAUGAAGAGCUCUAAAUGCUAUCCAGCAGGAGGUGCUACAGCAAGAUAAAGCAAAUCUCUGAAUUUUGAGGGUCUUGCUAUUUAUUAUAACUCUUCUUAGCUUCAACUAAGCAACAGGAUUAACACCCUAAAGUUCCAGAAAGAUUUUGAGGAGCAAGAGUGCUGAAGGAGGGCCAGUUUCCCCAAAAUUGGACUUCUCAGAACCUUUAAUAUGCUAAUGUGCAUUGUGAAUCUCCAAGAGGGGGAUAUGAUAUGCAGCAUUCUUGAAUACUUCUAAUGACAGGGAGCCCACUACCUCAUAAGCUGCAGUGAGAAGAGGAGUUUGUUAUUUUAAACGGAGGCUGAAGAAACUAUAGAAUUAGCAGACAUAAGAGAAAGUGGAGAAGGUGGAGGAUGGAGUUGCAGACUCUACAGGAAGCUCUUAAAGUGGAAAUUCAGGUUCACCAGAAACUGGUUGCUCAAAUGAAACAGGAUCCACAGAAUGCUGAUUUAAAGAAACAGCUUCAUGAACUCCAAGCCAAAAUCACAGCUUUGAGUGAGAAACAGAAAAGGGUCGUUGAACAGCUUCGGAAGAACCUGAUAGUAAAGCAGGAACAACCAGACAAGUUCCAAAUACAGCCAUUGCCACAAUCUGAAAACAAACUACAAACAGCACAGCAGCAACCACUACAGCAGCUACAGCAACAACAGCAGUACCACCACCACCACGCCCAGUCGGCGGCACCCUCUCCCAACCUGACCGCUUCACAGAAGACUGUAACUACAGCUUCUAUGAUUACCACAAAGACACUACCUCUCGUCUUGAAAGCAGCAACUGCAACCAUGCCUGCCUCUGUUGUGGGCCAGAGACCUACCAUUGCUAUGGUGACCGCCAUCAACAGUCAGAAGGCUGUGCUCAGCACUGAUGUGCAGAACACACCAGUCAACCUCCAGACGUCUAGUAAGGUCACUGGGCCUGGGGCAGAGGCUGUCCAAAUUGUGGCAAAAAACACAGUCACUCUGCAGGUUCAGGCAACACCUCCUCAGCCCAUCAAAGUACCACAGUUUAUCCCUCCUCCUAGACUCACUCCACGUCCAAACUUUCUUCCACAGGUUCGACCCAAGCCUGUGGCCCAGAAUAACAUUCCUAUUGCCCCAGCACCUCCUCCUAUGCUUGCAGCUCCUCAACUUAUCCAGAGGCCUGUUAUGCUGACCAAGUUUACCCCCACAACCCUCCCUACCUCCCAGAAUUCCAUCCACCCCGUCCGUGUCGUCAAUGGGCAGACUGCAACCAUAGCCAAAACGUUCCCCAUGGCCCAGCUCACCAGCAUUGUGAUAGCUACUCCAGGGACCAGACUGGCUGGACCUCAGACUGUACAGCUUAGCAAGCCAAGCCUUGAAAAACAGACAAUUAAAUCUCACACAGAAGCAGAUGAGAAACAAACAGAGAGCCGCACCAUCACUCCACCUGCUGCACCCAAACCAAAACGGGAGGAGAACCCUCAGAAACUUGCCUUCAUGGUGUCUCUAGGAUUGGUAACACAUGACCAUCUAGAAGAAAUCCAAAGUAAGAGGCAAGAGCGAAAAAGAAGAACAACAGCAAACCCAGUGUACAGUGGAGCGGUCUUUGAGCCAGAGCGUAAGAAGAGUGCAGUCACCUACCUGAACAGUACAAUGCACCCUGGGACCCGGAAGAGAGGUCGUCCUCCAAAAUACAAUGCAGUGCUGGGGUUUGGAGCCCUUACCCCAACAUCCCCCCCAUCCAGUCAUCCUGACUCCCCUGAAAAUGAAAAGACAGAGACCACAUUCACUUUCCCUGCACCUGUCCAGCCUGUGUCCCUGCCCAGCCCCACCUCCACAGACGGUGAUAUCCAUGAGGAUUUUUGCAGCGUUUGCAGAAAAAGUGGUCAGUUGCUGAUGUGUGACACCUGUUCCCGUGUGUAUCAUCUGGACUGCUUAGACCCUCCUCUGAAAACAAUUCCCAAGGGCAUGUGGAUCUGUCCCAGAUGUCAGGACCAGAUGCUAAAGAAGGAAGAAGCAAUUCCAUGGCCUGGAACUUUAGCAAUUGUUCAUUCCUAUAUCGCCUACAAAGCAGCUAAAGAAGAAGAGAAACAGAAGUUACUUAAAUGGAGUUCAGAUUUAAAACAGGAACGAGAACAGCUAGAGCAGAAGGUGAAACAGCUCAGCAGUUCUAUAAGUAAAUGCAUGGAAAUGAAGAACACCAUCCUGGCCCGGCAGAAGGAGAUGCACAGCUCCCUGGAGAAGGUGAAGCAGCUGAUCCGCCUCAUCCACGGCAUUGACCUCUCCAAACCCGUAGACUCUGAGGCCACUGUGGGGGCCAUCUCCAACGGCCCGGACUGCACCCCCCCUGCCAACGCCGCCACCUCCACGCCAGCCCCCUCCCCCUCCUCGCAGAGCUGCACAGUGAACUGUAACCAGGGGGAAGAGACUAAAUAACAGAGCCCUGCCAGGAGAAGCCACGGGAUCCCGGCGGCCAGGAGAGCAAAACACUGAAGACUCUAGAAAAGCAAAGCCGGAUUUCUUCUGGAAAGUACAGAAUUCUUUUGGUUCUUUGGUUCCAGAGAGAGAGAAGAUGCUUGUGCCAGGUGGCACCAGAGUUUGCCAAUUGAUCCUUCUUAUUCUGUGUGUACAUGCAAAGAUUGGACCAUGUUACAUGAACUAGUGCCAGCUGGAGGUUCUUUGCCAGCACCAUGCCAAGUGAAAUAAUAUAUUUACUCUCUCUAUUAUA